AUGGCGCAGCCUAUCGAGUGCAAGGCGGCCAUCGCCUGGGGCCCCAACAAGCCGCUGGAGGUGGUCACGGUGACGAUUGACCCGCCGGGGCCGGAGGAGGUCCGCGUGAAGAUCUCUGCCACUGCCCUGUGCCACACGGAUGCGUACACAUUGGGAGGACAAGAUCCCGAGGGUCUCUUCCCGUGUGUUUUGGGUCAUGAGGCUGCGGGUGUGGUGGAAAGCGUUGGUCCCGGCGUCACCAGCGUGGCACCAGGGGACCAUGUCAUCCCUUGCUAUCAGGCCUUCUGUGCGGAAUGCAAGUUCUGCUCCAGUGGAAAGACGAACCUCUGUGGCUCUGUCAGGGCAUGGACUGGUAAAGGGGUUAUGAAGAGUGACAGCAAGCCCAGAAUCUCAUAUCAAGGCCAGCCUAUCUACCACUUUAUGGGCACAUCCACCUUUGCCGAGUAUGCUGUUGUCCAUGAGGUCAGCGUGGCCAAGGUGAACCCCAGUGCCCCCCUGGACAAGAUCUGCCUCCUUGGAUGUGGGGUGGCAACAGGACUGGGUGCUGUUGCCAACACUGCAAAGGUUGAGACUGGGGCAACCGCAGCGGUCUUUGGAGUAGGUACAGUUGGGCUUGCUGUCAUCGAUGGGCUCCGUCUUGCGGGUGCCAGCCGCAUAGUGGCUGUGGACACCAACCCGGGCAAGUUCCCCAACGCCUUGAAAUGGGGUGCCACGGAGUGCGUCGAUCCCAAAGACCACGACAAGCCCAUCCAACAGGUGAUUGUCGACGCCACCGACGGCGGCGUGGACUACUCCUUCGACUGCACUGGCAAUGUCAACGUCAUGAGGGCCGCCCUGGAGUGCUGCCACAAGGGCUGGGGCGAGUCAGUGAUCAUCGGUGUUGCGGCCUCCGGCCAGGAAAUAUCCACGCGGCCGUUCCAGCUGGUGACGGGUCGCGUGUGGCGAGGCACGGCCUUCGGCGGGUACAAGAGCCGGGUGGACGUGCCGGCGCUUGUGGAGAGGUACCUGAAGGGCGAGUUCAAAGUGGACGAGUACAUCACCCACCACUUCAAGCUGGAGCAGAUCAACGAGGCCUUCGACCUGCUGCACGGCGGGGACUGCCUCAGGGCUGUGAUCGACAUGUGA